GUCCGAAAACGACCCAAUUGGGAUGAAAUUUAAUCACGAAAUUAGAUGAGACCCAUUGAAUUUAUUGAUUGAAAUUUUUGUGUGCUUUAUUGAUGAUUGAUACGAUAUGUUAAUGGAAUUAAAUAAAGUCCACACAUUGUCCGAUCAUAUAAACAGGUUUGCAUACCAGUUCGAGCUCUCUUGGAUAAUCGAGAUGUGAUGGCUGAGAAUAGUGACGUAUAAGAUAGUGCAGUAGAACGCGAUGAAGGUGAUCGUAGUGAUUCUAGUGACUUGUGCGUGCUUCGUGUACGGAAGCAACGUCAGCAAUGCGGUUCUGAAUCACAACACCAACGAAACUUGUGAAGAACGUUCGGUUUGUGUACGAAAAUGCUGUCCCCAAGGUAUGGCUUUGAAAAACAGAAACUGCACGCCUUCAGAUCUCGAAUUCGGCUUUCCGGUUUACGAUGGGAAGCAAAAAGUGAGUGACAGCACUUUCAAGUUCGAUGUCGUUCACGGGAAGUCUUGUAAAUCAGGCAAGGUAUAUAAGCUCGGCAAGGAAAACGUCCCUAUGUAUUUUGUGCAAAGGAACGGAACGUUAUAUUGCCCGAGGUUUGACAAGGAAAGGCUUCUGCUUUAUGACGAGUACUGCUUGGAAAAUAUCGUUCUUCCAACCCAUGUAGAGUUCGCUGCUUUGAUUUGCUUUACGGCCCCUGAUACCAUAGUAGUCGAAGAGUACUUUGAUGGAUCCGAAUAUUAUGGUAGUGUUUGGUGCAAAGUGCGCGAAAGACCACGUCCACAUCCUUCCGGAUUCCACCUCCGACCUUUACCUGCAAACCGAUGGGAGCCUGUACGUGAAGAGCUUCGAUUACGCGUACGAUUACGCGUCGUACUGUGUGGACGUGUUUGAGAAUGACCAGAUUUCGGCGUUGCUGUGUGAGAAAUAUGAGACGGGUUCUGAUCUGCAGAGGAGUAUCUAUGCGAAGGGUAAG